AUGGCACCGGAAACACGUAACAGAUCCAUCGAUGAUCGUUUGGAAAACACACAAGCUGAAGUAGACAUCUUGAAGGAGCAGAUGAACAAGCGUUUUCAAGAAUUAGCAUGUAAAUUGGAUGCAAUUUUUUAUAAUUACAGAGAACAACCACCACCACACGGUUCCGCGACAACUUCCCACUCUGCAUGCUCGCGCGAUCAUGCGGCAGCCAGGAAUUUGCGACUCAAGGUUUCAAGGUACGACGGAUUAAGCGACCCACAGGGUUGGAUCUAUAAAAUCAAUCAAUUUUUUGAUUUUUAUGAUAUGGCUGAAGAUCAGAGGUUGAAGAUAGCGCCCUUUUAUUUUGAGGGGAAAGCAUUAGCUUGGUUUCAGUGGGUGCACAAGAACACGGUGAUUGAUUCGUGGUCUGGGUUUUCUAAAGCUUUACAGAGCAGAUUUGGGCCGUCCGAAAUGGAAGAUUAUCAAGGGAAAUUGACGAAAUUGAUUCAAUUGGGAACGGUAAUGGAGUAUCAAGAGCAAUUCGAGACAAUUUCCAAUCAGGUAGAUGGAUUGUCUGAAUCCUUUCUUGUAAGUUGUUUUAUUUCAGGAUUGAAACCUGAAAUUUUACAUGAUGUUUCCUCCUUUCGCCCAACGUCCUUAACCCAUGCCAUGUCCUUAGCAAAAAUCCAAGAGUCCAAAAUCCAAUUAAAGAACAACCCCCCAAAAUUACACUCUUCUUAUCCUCCAUUGUUACCCACACCUCUUCACCCUUCCAAAACAACCCAGAAUACAAACCCAACCAAGACUGCUUAUCCAGUUAACACUACAAAUACACUCAAACCCGAUUGGAAACGGCUAACACAAAGCCAAAUUCAGGAACGCAGAGACAAAAAUUUAUGUUUCACUUGCGGAGACAAGUAUUUUUUUGGUCAUAAAUGUAAGGCUUCUGUUCAUGUGUUGAUUGUGCCUGAUGAAGAGGAAGUCGAAGAAUUCCAUUCACUAGUUGAUUCUUCCCUUUCUCCUCCUGGAAAUGAUGUGGAUGAGUCUAUUACAACUAUUCCUCAAAUCAGUUUCCACGCGUUAGCAGGUGUGAUUGUCCCUCAAACAUUGCGAUUUACAAGCUAUAUUGGUAAAUCUGAGUUCUCAUUGUUGGUGGAUGGAGGGAGCACACAUAAUUUCAUCCAACCUAAGCUGGUUUCUUCACUAUCCUUACCUGUUACCAAUGACAAACAGUUCGAAGUUAUGGUGGGUAAUGGGCAGACAUUACAUUGUCAAGGCUUCUGUCCUGCAGUUCCUGUCCAAAUUCAGCACCAUAUUUUUUUGGUGGAUUUCUAUAUCUUACCUGUUCAAGGAGCUGAUAUGGUCCUAGGAGUUCAGUGGCUGCAAGUACUUGGACCAGUUACCUUGGAUUACAAUAAGCUGACUAUGGAGUUUCAAUGGCAUAAAGAAACUAUCAAGCUUAAAGGGGAAUCUCAUACAGGUCCAAUUUCUCUUAAUCAAUUUCGCAAGAUACAGCAAACAGGACAAGUGGAAUCCUUGUUUCAUUUGAAGAUGCUGGACACUAUUUUUGAUUCACCAACAGAGAUUGCAAUACCACAGGUACAACAACUCUUAGUAGAAUUUGAUGCACUUUUUCAUGAACCUACAGACUUGCCUCCACAUAGACAAAUAGACCAUGAAAUUCACCUUGAACCCAACACACUGCCUGUAAAUGUCAGACCGUAUAGAUAUCCCCAUUUUCAAAAAAAUGAAAUUGAAAAACAAGUUGCACAGAUGCUUGAUUCUGGAUUUAUCAAACAUAGCAAUAGCCCUUUCUCAUCUCCUGUCCUUUUAGUUAAAAAAAAAGAUGGCACAUAG